AUGGUAAUGUGUUUUGCACCAAUGUAUAAACAUUACAGCGAAAGGGACGCAUGCAAUUUUUUUGUAUUUCCAAGUGAUCCAACUGAAUUGAAGCGAUGGUUAAUACUUAUUAAACGAAAGGACAGAGAUCCAGGGAAGCAUAGUCGGAUAUGCAAUUGCCAUUUUGUUGAUGGAGACAGAAUAGGCCCACAUUGUACGAUUACAAUAAGGGAAAGCAGUUUGAUGCAGCCAAAACUGCCCACAAACGGCAGAAGGAUUGUUGAUGAAGGUGACGAUGUAGCAGUUGUAGAAGAGAUGGAAGUUAUAAAUACACCAGAACAGGCUGUCUCGCAGCAAUUUCCAGCAAUGCUCGAAGCGGAAAAAUUUGUUUUAAAAGAGAAAUUGGAAACUUUAAAGGAGGGCGUAAAAAAUGUCCACAUCUUCGUUCCUACAAAUUCAGAAAAAUGA